AUCAACGCAGUUUGCUUGCGCCGGCAGUCGAACGAAAGUACUUUUGCACGCUGUUCUUGUGAGUCGUAGAUUUGUGUUUGAAUCAAAUUAUUUCCAUAUUCUUUAUACAAUGUCCAAAAUUAAGCAUUCAACAGAGAAAGCGUUGCAGAUGCUUCGCACGCUGCCUCGAGUGUCUAUCGCCAAUAUCAGAGAUAACCCAAACUCGAAGAAAGCGGUGAAACGGGGUCGCGCACAACACGGUGGAGACAAGCACGGUGCUGGAAACAAAGGAUCCAACCAGCGGCAGAAUUACAUGCGACUCGGUUACGAAACGGGUAAUUCGCCAUUCUACCUUCGUUUCAGCUACGAGCCGUACUACAAGGGACAUCACCUCAAGCGGGAAUAUCCGCCUAUCAGUUUACACCAGCUGCAAAAACUGAUUGACACCAACCGGAUCGAUGGUAGUCAGCCGAUCGAUUUGACUACGAUCUGCAACACAGGCUUGUUCCAAAUUCGCCCGGAUCAGUUGCAUCACGGCGUUCAGAUUACGGACGAGGGUGCGGAUGAAUUCUGUGCGAAGGUAAACCUGGAGGUGCAGCAUGCCCCGGAGCUGGUGAUUGCGGCGAUCGAGAAAAACGGGGGAGUUGUACGAACUGCUUAUUACGAUCCGCACAGUUUGUUUGCCCUGGUGAAUCCGAAAAAGUGGUUCGAAAAGGGGGUACCCAUUCCGAGGAGAAUGCUGCCUCCGCAGGAUGCGGUCGAUUAUUAUACGGAUGCAAAGAAUCGGGGAUAUCUGGCUGAUCCGGAGGAAAUCAGUCGGGAGCGAUUGGUGCUGGCCCAGAAGUAUGGAUACGAACUGCCGAAGAUUGAGGAGGAUCCGGAGUAUGAGAUGUUGACGCAAGCGAAGGAUCCGCGGCAGAUAUUCUACGGGUUGAAUCCGGGCUGGGUGGUGAGUUUGAAGGAUCGGGCCAUCAUAAAAGCGAAGGAAGGUGGACUAGGCCAGCUUGGGACGGAAUGUGCAAAAUUACUCCGUAGCACCUAUGGGCAGGAAAGUGUAAUCCUGUCGGAUAUUAUCAAACCGAGCCAGGCAAUUGCCAACAGUGGUCCGUACAUUUUCGCUGACAUUUUAGAUUUUAAGGGCCUGCAAAAAAUCGUCGUCGACCAUCGUGUCGAUUGGAUCAUCCAUUUUAGCGCACUGCUCAGUGCCAUCGGUGAGCAGAACGUUCAACUGGCGGUGAGAGUCAACAUCGAAGGCUUGCAUAAUGUGAUUGAACUGGCCAAACAGUACAAACUGAGGAUAUUUGUGCCCAGCACGAUUGGCGCUUUCGGUCCGGAAAGUCCGCGGAAUCCCACUCCGAAUGUAACCAUACAGCGCCCGAAGACGAUUUACGGUGUGUCGAAAGUGCACGCAGAACUGAUAGGAGAGUAUUAUCACCACAAGUUUGGACUGGACUUCCGUUGUCUGAGAUUCCCAGGUGUGAUCUCCAGUGAUCCACCAGGCGGCGGUACCACUGACUACGCGGUGGCCAUCUUCUUCGAGGCGCUCAAGUCGGGCAAGUACAACUGCUACCUGAAACCGGACACACGAUUGCCCAUGAUGUACAUCGAGGAUUGUCUCCGGUCGUUACACGAAUUUAUGAUCGCUCCCGAAGAGAAACUGAAAACCCGUGUGUACAACGUAACGGCCAUGUCCUUCACGCCGGAGGAACUGGUGAACGAGCUGGCAAACUAUAUUCCGGAGCUGCACGUAAGCUACCAUCCCGACAGUCGUCAGGCUAUUGCUGACUCGUGGCCACAGGUGUUCGACGAUUCCGAGGCUCGCCAGGACUGGGGAUGGCAGCCUAAGUACGACCUCAAAAAGCUGGUGGAAUUGAUGAUUAAGGACGUCCAAGAGAACUAUAUUAACAAGGGGCUGAGUAAUGUGUGAUAGGAUGAGAAGAUUGCACGGUUUUCAUCGCAUCAUUCGAUUUUUGUAUUGUAUUGCAUGCCAUCUCGAAUAAAGGUACAUUGAAAGUUGCAUUCAAGUUUUGCUAACAA